AUGCAUAGAAGGAAUAAGACCGAUGUGCCUUACUUCAUCCUUCUGGGAUUUGCCGAUGCUGAGGACAUCCAGCUGGUGCUCUUCGUGCUGUUUCUGCUGAUCUACCUGGUCACCGUGCUGGGGAAUGCGGGCAUGAUAAUGGUCAUCCGCCUGGAUGCCCAGCUGCACACACCCAUGUAUUUCUUCCUCAGUCACCUGUCUUUCAUUGACCUCAGUUACUCAUCUGUCAUCUCCCCUAAAACCUUACAUAACUUACUGACCUCCAACAAGAAGAUUUCCUACGUGACUUGCUUCACUCAGCUAUACAUUUUUGUCUUUUUUGUUGCUUCCGAAUGCAUUCUUCUGUCCUCCAUGGCCUAUGACCGCUACGUAGCCAUCUGCAAUCCUCUCCACUACCCGGUUGUCAUGUCCACAAGACGCUGCUGGAUCCUGGUCCUUGGGACCUAUUUUAUAGGUUUUAUAGAUUUUUUCAUCACUGUGCUCGGCAUGAGGAAAUUGACCUUCUGUGAUUCCAAUGUAGUCCAUCAUUUUUUCUGUGACACGUCCCCUCUUAUCGCCCUCUCGUGCACUGACACCCAAGACACCGAACUCAUUAUAUUCGUUUUUGCAGGCUGCACACUUGUGGGGUCUCUUAUCACAAUAUCGGUGUCGUACAUGUCCAUUCUCUCUGCUAUCCUGAAAAUUAAGUCCACUUCAGGAAAGAGAAAAGCUUUCUCCACCUGUGGCUCCCAUGUCGUGGCCGUCACCAUCUUCUAUAGCACCAUGAUCUUCAGUUACUUAAGACCAAGUACAUCCUACUCCCUGGGAAAGGACCAGGUGGCUUCUGUGUUUUACACGAUCGUGACCCCCAUGCUGAACCCACUCAUUUACAGCCUCCGCAACAAAGAGGUGAAAAAUGCUGUCCUGAGAGUCCUGCAGAGGAGAGAGGGCUCCAGGCACUGGAAAUAG